AGAAAACUUGACGAGGAAAUAAAUAAACCGUAAAAGAGUGCUCUCCCUCCCUCGUGCCGUGCUCUCGCGCGCCCGAACAACUCAACUCCCUCCCGGCUUCAUUUUAACGUGUUUAUUUGUGUAUUUGUGUAUUUGUUUGUUUGUUUGGAGGUCUGGACCGGCAGAGUCCGCGCAUCAUGUCGAAAACGUCCAGCCUGAAGAUCCGCCGAGCGGACGCGGGGAAGGUGGAAGACUUCCGCCAGACUCUGUAUCACGAGGCAGAGAAUCUGUUUUCCAGCUUAAUCCCCAAGAGGAUUGAACAUCUGGACGCUCUGCUGAAGGACGGUGCCUUCAGUGUGACGGACAUGUCCUCGCUCAAGGCUCCCCUGGACAUCCCCAUACCAGACGCCCCCUCCCCCGAGGAUGAGGAAAUGGAGACGGACAAGAGCGAAGAGGAGAAGAAGAAGAAGAAGAAGAAAGCUCCACAGUGUGGCUACAUCGAGGGAAACCAGAAGAUCGUGGCGCUGCUGCAGAAGGUGAAGCCGGAGAUCGUGGCCCUCAGGGAGACCGUCCUCACGGUCUCCUGCUGGGUUCAGCUGCUCGUCCCCAAAAUAGAAGAUGGAAACGACUUCGGGGUCGCCGUCCAGGAGAAAAUCUUGGAGCGAAUCGUUGCCGUGAGAACCAGAGUGGACGGCCUUCAGAACAACAUCAACAGGUACUUCACCGAGAGAGGAGACGCCGUCGGGAAGGCUUCCAAAGAGACUCACGUGAUGGACUACCGCUCGCUGGUCCACGAGAAGGACCAGUCCAUGUUCUCUGAGAUCCGGAUCAUGCUUCUCGACAUUCGCGGUUUCCACGCCGAGCUCUAUGACAUCAUCAGCAAGAACCUGGACAAGGUGACCAAUCCAAAGGGAGAGGAGAAGCCCUCCAUGUACUGAAGCUGGGGGGGGGGGGGUCUGUUUAUGAUGACUCUACAUUUAUGUUGUUCAUCUCUUGAGUUCAAAACAAUAAUAAAGAAAAGUCUUGUUCUGCCAGCU